CUGCUUUUGAACACACCCCUGUUUUACUGUAGCGGUAUAUUUGGAUUCACUAAUCCAGGAACAUGGGGGACGAUUUGGGUGACGAUUGGUGGGAAAAUGAGGGCAAUUCAGAUGCAUCUGAGGCAGAGGAGGAGACAGAACAAGAGCAUCAGCCCGCAGAAAAACCAGAGAAAAAACCAGAGAAGAGGAAGAGGGUAGCAGAGAAAGCUGUUAAAGCCAAGAAGAAGAAAAACGAGCAGAAAGAGCAUGUAACUCCUGCAAAGAAAGAGAAUGAGGAUGAAAAGUCAUCUAAGCCCAAAAGAAAGAGAAAGAAGAAGAAAACGAUCACAGAUGUCCUGGCCUCUUCGGAGCCAAAACCCGGCAGUCCGGCUGACAUGCAGGCUCUGGUUACACAGUACUUCUCAGACAAACGCUCAGUGAUUGAGCAGGAGGAGCUCAAACUGCAGAAUUCCUGUUUCCUGUCCAGUAACGACCUGACGCACAGCCUCUCCUCUUAUCUCAAACAGGUUUGUCCCAAGUGGGCAAAGAUUCAGAAGCAGCAUGCAGAAAAGAGCUCCGUGGUUCUGCUCAUCGUCUGCAGCUCUGCUCUCCGAACCAUCGAGCUCAUCAAGCAGCUGACCACUUUCAGGGGCGAAGCCAAGGCCAUAAAACUUUUUGCGAAACACAUCAAGGUAGAGGAACAGGUGAAGCUGCUGCAGAAAGGCAUCACCCACAUCGGAGUGGGGACACCAGGCAGGAUCAGCGCUCUCAUUGAGAAAGAGGGCUUGAACUUGCAGGCGUUGAAAUACCUCGUUCUGGACUGGAACUGGAGGGACCAGAAGCUCAGGAGGAUGGUGGACAUUCCUGAGAUCAAAGUGGACUUGAUGAAGCUGCUGGACAACGGCAUUCUAACUGGCUGUAAAGAAGACAAAGUCAAAAUCGGACUAUUUUAACCAGCAAUAUGAAUGUUCUGCAUGCUGAUAAUCCACAUGUCAGCUGGAUGUUUUAACGCGACCCACUGAUGUUCCUCGCUUCGUGCCGACGGGCCUCUUCCUGUUUGUGUCCCUCUUUGUGUCAGCAUAGUGUGAAACCCGCACGCCGCUUUUCAUAUUUUCUGAGUCUGUGUGAAAUGUGUGGCGCUGUUUGUUCGCUCUUGUAGUCCGGCGCAAUCUCACAGUGUGAUGGAUUGAAUAAACGGACUGAGAAUGAAACCCA